GAAGGGGAAGGGGAGAAGCUGUAUUCGUUGGAAGUGGUAGGUUCCAUUUGUGGAGCAAAGAAACAGAAAGACCCCACACAGACACCUUGCAAUAACCAGCAUUUGGAAAUGGGAUCCAACGUGGAGCUGGUAUGGCCAGAGGCAGAGGUAUAUUCGUCACGGGUGAACAACUGCUCACAUGCAAAUUCAUCUCUAGCUGCAAUUCGAGCGAAGUUGAGUGCGGAACAAUUAGAACAAUUCAAGACAUCAUGCUUUGGCCAUCUUCUGAAUAUAGAUAAGAUUCAGUUUAGCGGACAGAUUGUGCAUGGGGUUGUGUUGCGUAGAGUAGCGGGGCAGGGUGUGAAAGACUUGGAUGGAUUGAGUUUCUUAUUAGGGUGUGACGUUGCUCAGUUCACUCGUCAGGAUUUCUGUUUGAUCACAGGGCUUCGUUUUGGGGAAGUGCCUGAAGUUUCCAGUGGAGAGAGUAAUGAAAUCAGACUUCAGAAAAGAUAUUUUAUAGACGAAGGAAUUACAUGCAAUGCUUUAGAAGAAGCAUUUGUGAGGUGCACAGAGGAAGAUGACAUCUACAAGCUAGCUCUUGUUUACUUUGCUGAGUUAGUGGUUUUGGGAAGGGACAAACAUUUGAACAUCAAUCUAAAUUACCUGACCCUUGUAGAGGACUUGGAUGCGUUCAACAAGUAUCCGUGGGGUUCGGUGUCCUUUGACAAAACCCAAGACAGUCUAUUUUCUGCACCAACAAAGUAUGUGAAAAGCUUGGAAAAUGAAGAGGGAAGAGGGAAGGGGAAAAGUAAGGUAACGGGAACAAGCCGGAGAAAUGAGAAGGGCAAGAAGGAUAAGCAUGGUGAAGCGCAAAGGAGUGGCUGGAGUUUUAAAGGUUUCACGUAUGCUUUCCAGAUUUGGGUAUAUGAAUUAAUUCCUAGAAUGGCGGACCUGAAUUACUGCAAGGUUGUUGAUCCGACCGCUGUCCCGCGUAUUUUGCGAUGGAGAACUACUACGUCUGUUCCAGAGAUGAGAAAGUUGAACAAUUAUUUUUUCCAGAGCAAAGAGGUUUGGUUUGCAGCCCUUAGAACUAUUGAUAAGAUUGAAUGAAAUUAUGAAGUAGAAUGAUUUAAUAUGACUCUUGUCUGUAUUCUGAAACAGUCAGUUCAGUUGCGGGCGCUAUGUCCAAGUGAAGAGGAAAUGAGACAGCCAUAUUGGAGUUGGCCACAGGAUCGCCCUGCUGUUGUCUCGGCAGAGUCAAUU